AUGGCAUCCAAGGCACUCCCCUCGCGAGGAGUUGACAGCAAGACCGCCGGUGCUCCUAACCAAACACUGUACUGUACAAAUUUGCCAGAUAAGCUCCGCAAGCAUGAUCUACGGUCGUCCCUCUACACCCUCUUUUCCACAUAUGGCACCGUCCUGGAUGUAGUGGCCAUGAAAACGAACAAGAUGCGAGGACAGGCCCAUAUCGUCUUUAAAGACGUCCAGGCUAGCACACAGGCAAUGCGCGCUCUUCAGGGAUUUGACUUCUUUGGCAAGGAGAUGAAAAUCGUCUAUGCUAAAGGUACCUCUGGAAUCCUUGCCAAACUUCGUGGCACAUACAAUCCACCUGCCGUCGGUGCUGGGCCGAGCGGAGUUUCGACGGAUCUGCAGAAGUCUAUCUUCAGUGGUCCCCCGGGCGCUGUCCCCGCACGGCCCGCGACUGACAUGAACGGAGACGCCCAUGGUGUCAAGCGACCUCGGGAGGAUGAGAGCGACGAAGAGGGAGCCCCCAUGGAGGAAGACAGCGACGUGCCCAUGGAAGCAUCCUCUGAUGAGGAUUAA